CCGAAUUUGAUGUCAUCUAUGUCGCCGAUCUCGUCUCCCUUCCGCCCCGGCUUCGAUCAGGCUCUGUGCUGACCAAUGCUCCAUCCGUACACACACAGUCAUCCACCGACAGGCCGGACCGUCAUCCGAUUGCAGCACCAGCCCCGCAAUUGUCACAUCCCCACAUCAGGACUCGGCUCGCCCUUCACUAGCCCCAUCCACAACCAUCCUGCCCGAUCUGCACGUUUGGGGGACCAUCGGACAGCAGCAUAGGAGGAAACAAGACGGAAAAUAAAAGCCACCCUUAAACAAAUGGAUGCUGUGACGAGCCGAAGCCUGAAAAGAAAAUUUGAAGACGUUGAUGUGGGCUCUCCUAUUUCUACCCCGAAAGACUCCGAUGAUGAAAUCUCAAACAGUGACAGUGCAGAAAGCUGUGACAGCAUUAACCCUCCCACCACCACCACCACUGAGCUUAUCCCAAUAUCCAUCUUGAAGAGGCAGAAACUUCUGAGACAGAAGAAUGUGCGCUUCGACCAGGUGACUGUAUACUACUUCUCCCGGCGGCAAGGUUUCACCAGCGUGCCGAGUCAGGGGGGCAGUUCCCUGGGAAUGGCACAGCACCACAAUUCUGUGCAGAAAUAUACCCUGUGUGAGUUUGCCCAGGAACAGGAAGUGUCGCAUCGAGAAAUCUUACGGGAACACUUGAAAGAAGAGAAGCUUCACACACGAAAGAUGAAGCUGACCAAAAAUGGUACCAUAGAGUCUGAAGAAGCCGAUGGCCUCACCUUGGAGGAUGUGUCAGACGAAGAUAUAGAUGUAGAUGGUGUAGAAGUAGAUGACUACUUCUUCCUUCAGCCAUUACCAACAAAGAGGCGUCGGGCUCUGCUCAGAGCAGCUGGGGUACAUCGUAUAGAUGCUGAGGAGAAGCAGGAGCUUCGCGCCAUCCGUCUCUCCAGAGAGGAAUGUGGAUGUGACUGCCGCCUCUUCUGUGAUCCAGAAGCUUGUCCAUGCAGUCAGGCUGGGAUCAAGUGUCAGGUGGAUCGUAUGUCAUUUCCAUGUGGGUGUUCCAGAGAUGGCUGCAGUAACGUAGCUGGUCGCAUAGAAUUCAACCCUAUCCGCGUACGAACUCAUUACCUUCAUACUAUAAUGAAACUUGAGCUGGAAAAUAAACGCCAACAUCCACGACCUCAGCCACCAGAACAGGAGAUUCCUCCUAACUCCCUCACUGCCCAACAGCAUCAGGAGACGCAGGACUUCCAUGAAUUUAUAGCCGAGAACUAUCACUUAGAGAAUGAGGCUGCUGUCCGCCACCUGCAGAGUGCAGAGGAGCGCCAGAGGCUCCUCGAUGAAGGUGAAGAGACCUCAAGUGGCUCAAGCCUCAGUCUAGACUCCAGUGUGGAGAGUUUAGAGGUCUGUCUUCUGGAGGCACCUAUCUCGUUGCCACCGUCCGAUUGCCAUUCCUCCGACAAUCCUGUCUUGCUGUCUUCUGACUCUUCUGUCCUCUGUUACACAGACGAAGACUCUGGGAGGCCAGCUUCACCACCUGACUACACAGAUGACAGCAUGGUGUCCAUUUAUGAUCAGAACUCAACCAGCUUAAAUCCAGGGUCAGACGUGACAGAAUCUAUCGCCUCUGAGACUACAGAGUCCAGUGGCUCGGUCCAGAUAGAUACAGAGGAUUACACAAUGAUGACUCCUUAUUCUAAGGAGGAGAACCUCGAACCAGAGCCUGCUGGGAAUUCCUCUGACUUGGUAACACAGACAGACAGGCCACUAGAAACCUCUAUGAGUGAAGGAGGGAGGUUGCAGGAAAAUUCUGACAACCCCUGGUCAGGCCAGCACUUUUCUGCAGAGAGUACCCUGACCAUAUGACACUUUUGGCAGAUGUUUUGCACAAGCUUCUUCAUCUUCUAUCCAAUCAAAGUCCUUUCCCCUCAACUUUCCAUGUGUGUACCUGUGGGAGACCUAUUUAUAUUGGCAUUGUUCAUUUACAAAUGUCUUUUUAUUAUGCGUAAAAAAAACAGUGUAAGAGGGGGGAGAAAAAAAAAAUCUAAAGAUGGUUCUGGGCCUUCUUACAACCUUUCUGAGUAAGCCAAUGUUAUGCCAGCUCACCCUUGGGUAUGUUUAGCUAUAGGGAGGAUGGUUGCCAUAUUGCUGGGUUGUGUUGCAAUAUUUUCCAUGUUUAAAAUUUGGUGACCACUAUAACUUUGCAAUAGGCACACUGCUACAACCAUUGUCUGAUACAUGCCAGACUUCACUUGACUUACAAACUAACAGUGCUCUAUCUGUAGAUCUACCACCUCCAAAAGCACCUGUAUAUGGUUUGGCACGGUUUGCUUACCAGACGGCAGGCUACCUUUUCCUUUUCAUGGUUCCUUACUUUUUGGAUUAAUCUGUUGUGGCUCCCUAGCAUCCUGCGUCUUCACUCCGUCAGUCAACGUAGAAGGAACGGAGACUAACAUCAUGUAAACUACACAGAUAUACCCAGACGUAGUAUGGUGCUAUUGAGUAGGCUUAAGUUUCAAAUGAUGGUGCAGAAGCACUUUAACUUCAAGACAAGACUAACCUACAGGACUUUCCUCAACUUUACAAAGCUGCUAAUCUUCAACGUGAACUAUUUAAAGGGGACAGUUGUACUACUUGUGCAUUCAAAUGUGCUAGUCUUUUAUCGCAAUGAGAUAUACGGUAUUAUUUUAAGCACUGCCCUUCCCCCUGCCCGAGCAUUAAGGGGUCUGUGCGAUGUACAGUUUUUAUUUUUUUAUGUAGAUUUUUACUUUGAAAUAUUGUGUUUUAAAUUAUGAGAUCACCAAAUACGCCAAUGGAAAAUAUUUAUUUAUAGAUAACAGUCAAUCUGUUACAUUUUGGCAAACAUUUUAAAAGCAUACUGUAUUUGCAGGGUUUUUAGUGAGCUGCAACUUUUCAUCCUAUGAAGUAACUGAAAUAUGGUCCUAGCUUUAUUGGCAAAAUUCUGACAUUUCUAAGACUCCUUUUACCCAAGGACUAAAUUACCUUAAAUCGGCCAAUAAAGUUAUUGCCACCUACAGCUAG